AUGGACUCCCGCAAGAGCCCGAAAGCUCAGGGCGACAAACAACUUUUUCCAGUGUCGGACAACGCUUCUUCCACUUUUAUUCGAAACACUGCAAAAUGUCCACAAGCUAUUGCGAUCUCUGACGGAAACACUGCCCUUCAUCUGGCGGCACAAGUCGGCUUCGUUGAAGGCGUAGAGGAAUUACUGUUGCAUGGCGCGGACACCGAAGCCAUCGACCUUACUGGAUGCACCCCUCUGAUCCAGGCUUGCCAGAAGAGGCAAGAAGCGGUCAUCCAGCUGCUCAUAAAAUCCGGUUCCGAUGUGAAUCACUUCUCCAGGGUGAGUACCCGCAUUUCAAAUAGUUUUCGUUUGUUUAACCUUGAGGAAAGGUGA